UCUCUCUCUCUCUCACACGCUCUCUCUCCCUCUCACUCUCUCUUGCUCUCUCCACCCUCUCUCCCUCCCUCUUUAUUAGCUCAAGGAGAAACACUGAGACGCACACACACACACACACAGACACAGGCAGAGAGACAGACUCUUCAGGACGGCAGGAUGUCGAUUUUAAACAUUCAUGCUCGCGAGAUUCUCGACUCCCGUGGAAACCCCACAGUGGAAGUCGACCUCUACACUGAGAAAGGAAUGUUCCGUGCUGCCGUACCAAGUGGAGCAUCGACUGGGAUCUAUGAAGCCUUGGAGCUGCGAGACAAUGACAUGUCCAGAUACCUGGGCAAGGGUGUGCUUCAAGCAGUGGAUCACAUCAACAAUACAAUCCGCCCCGCACUCAUUGAAUCGGAGGUGUCUGUGGAGAAGCAGGAGAAACUGGACUCCAUGAUGCUGGAGAUGGACGGCACUGAGAAUAAAUCCCAAUUUGGUGCGAAUGCGAUCCUGGGGGUGUCUCUGGCAGUGUGCAAGGCUGGUGCAGCAGAGAAAGGGGUCCCCCUGUACCGUCACAUUGCAGACCUGGCUGGAAACACAGAACUCGUCCUUCCAGUUCCGGCGUUCAACGUGAUCAAUGGCGGCUCUCAUGCGGGGAACAAGCUGGCCAUGCAGGAGUUCAUGGUGCUGCCGGUGGGGGCGGAGUCUUUCCGUGAUGCGCUGCGCGUUGGGGCGGAGCUCUACCACACGCUGAAGGGUGUCAUCAAGGAGAAGUACGGCAAGGACGCGACGAGCGUGGGGGACGAGGGGGGCUUCGCUCCGAAUAUCCUGGAGAACAGCGAGGCCCUGGAGCUGCUGAAGGUUGCGAUAGAAAAGGCUGGUUUCACUGAUAAAGUUGUGAUCGGGAUGGAUGUGGCAGCAUCUGAGUUCUACCGCGAUGGGAGCUACGACCUGGACUUCAAAUCACCUGAUGACCCGAGUCGCUACAUCAGCUCCGACGAGCUUGCGGACCUGUACCAGGGCUUCAUCAGGGACUACCCAGUGGUCACUAUUGAGGACCCCUUCGAUCAGGAUGACUGGGAGGCCUGGUCCAAGUUCACUGGGAACGUUGGGAUCCAGGUGGUGGGGGAUGACCUGACUGUGACCAACCCCAAGCGCAUCGAGCGAGCCGUGGAGGAGAAGGCCUGUAACUGCCUGCUGCUGAAAGUCAACCAGAUAGGAUCAGUGACCGAGGCCAUACAGGCGUGUAAGCUGGCUCAGGAGAACGGCUGGGGGGUGAUGGUCAGUCACCGCUCUGGAGAGACGGAGGACACCUUCAUCGCUGACCUGGUGGUGGGGCUCUGCACUGGACAGAUAAAGACUGGCGCUCCCUGCAGAUCGGAGCGUUUAGCCAAGUACAACCAACUGAUGAGAAUUGAGGAGGAGUUGGGGGAUCAGGCUCGCUUUGCGGGGCACAACUUCCGCAACCCCAGCGCCCUGUGAGGAGCAUGGUAACGAGCAGGAGCAGGGGGAACGACAAGAGAGGCGCAGGACGAGAAAUACUUAGAAAACCAUGAGACAAGAAUUUACAUAAGCUAUUACACAUGAGUAAAGAUGCAUGCACUAACAUAGUCUUACAUUCUCCACCCUGUCUCUUUCCAUUGAUCUAUCUAUCUCUCUCCUCUUUACUCCCUCAUCUCACUUCCCACUGUCUUUCUCUGUCUUUUUUCCCACCUCUCCCUCUCUCACUUCUCCCUUCUUUCCUCUCUCCCUCUCCCUCUUCUCCCUCCCUCAUUCUUCCCCCUAUCUCUCUUGUCCCUCUCCCUCACUAGCACAGAACUCCACAGAAUGGAUUAUUUGCGCCGCUGAGCUGAUCUGUUAAGCUGUUUGUCAGUCGACAGCGUGCUUGAAAUAUUAAUAUAUUGAAAUGUGUAAAUCUUUAACCCUUGAGAAGUUGCUGCUCUCUAAAUGCUGGCUAGCUUCACCUCACCUGCUCAGUAUUAUGUGUUUAUUAACUUAAACGUAGAAAUUAUCACUGAACAUUAAAAAUAUCAUGGUUUCUGCAACCAA